CGAGUACGAAUGUCAUACCUGGCUGGCAUCAUCCUUGAACACAACGAUUGGGUCUUUUGAACCCUCCACCCCCCCCCACUCCACUCUACUAAUAAUCUGGAUAGACUGGGUCGAAUUCCAAGAACUGUGAUUAAGAUAGAGGCUGAUGGCGUCCCCAAUGGCCUCAACGUCAUCUUCCGUUGAGCCGAGUGGACAGCAUGAAAAAAUCAACAUCAUUCAUCGUGGUCGGCAUUAUUUCCAGGGUGGAUACGAUUUCGACUUUGUUGAGGAUCUGGACCGCAAGUACGAGUGUCCCAUUUGUCUCCUAUGCCAAAGAAAUCCGCAUCAGACAAGUUGCGGUCAUCGAUUUUGUUAUUCUUGUAUUAUCACUUGGCUCAAUGAAGGUCGAACGUGUCCCAAAGACAAUUGCAGCCUCGGCGAAGGGGACAUCUUUCCGGAUGCCAUGGCCCACAGAGAAAUCCUCCAGCUUCUAGUGAAAUGUCCCAGAGCGGAUCAAGGCUGCACCAACGUGACACGCCUAGCGGAUGCGUCCAUUCAUGUUGAGCGGUGUUCUUUCAAGAAAGAGCAAGACCAGUCUCUUCAUCCGCUUCAAAGCCCACCUCGACCCGUGUCAAUUCACGAAGAAAGCCUCACAUGCCCUUCAUGUGGCGAAACGGUGGAUGAGAUUUCGGAACAACACGACCCUAAGAAUCUGAUCUGUCCCAAUGCCGCCAUAGCCUGCCCUUUCACAUCCGCCGGGUGCUCGGAGCGAAUCCUGAGAAAAAAUCUGCAGGGCCACGUUCAGGGUCAGACUCAACUUCACAUGCAACUCCUUUGUGAUAAGCUCAUGAAACUUCACCAGAUUCAAAGCAGUUCCGUCGUGUGCGACCAGCAAGUGGUCGAAGCCAAGAUCAAUGAAAACUCUGGCCCCGAGAGUCUACCCGGCGAUGAGCCCCUGAUGAGAUCGACCGAAAUGAGACUUUCCGGAUCGAAUUUUCAAGCCAUCCAGAAGCUUUUGAAAGAUGUGUUUCAGCGUGUGGUCCAGUUGGAACAAAGAAACUGCCAAUUAGAAAUAGCUAACGAGCAACUCACUCAACGCUUGGCAAGUGCGGUUAAUCUCAAGGAGGAGUCUCGUAUGGAGGAGAUGGGCCGAUAUUGUAAUGGCAAUUACCUUUGGCGCAUCAAGAAUUUUUCGGAUUUCCACGAAAAAAUGCGCCAAGCCCAUUCGUUAGUUCUUUACUCGCGGGGUUUCUACACCUCUCCCUUUGGCUACAAGUUGUGUUUGAGAAGCAAUGUGACCUUGGUUAAUGGCGAAGAACAUCUUGGGCUCUAUGUCCAUGUAAUGCGAGGGGAAAACGACGACACGCUUCAUUGGCCCUUUUCCGGCAGCAUCACAAUGACCAUCCUCAACUUGCAAGAGGACCGGAUCCAUAAGGAGGAUUUUUCAGAGACCAUGGUCACCGCCCAAAAGAUGAAGGCCUUUGAGCGCACGGUGAACGCAGAGCGAAAUCAUUUCGGGUUUGGGUUCGGCGAGUUUGUUCGAGUGAAUGGCCUUUAUUCAGGGGGAUUCGUGUCUAAUGAGGAUAAUCUGGUCAUUCGCGUCAGCGUAAUGUGCAAUGAAUGAAUGAAUGAAUGAAUGAAUGAAUGAGUGCAGAAUAAA